AUGGGACGGGACGAUAGUAAGCGUGAAACGAACUCCAAGAGCAGCCGAGAGAGUGGUUCAAGGCGGCGCUGUGAGCGUUCAAUCGAAACACAUGGCUCUGAAACGAGUUCCUAUCAGAAGCCGAACUACCGAGCCCUAUGUGUCCGUAAAAUCUCCUUAAAUCACUCUCGUGAUGCCCAUCGUGCGUACAGGUGCAAACACCGGGUCUACAUUCACGACAGAGCUUUCAGUGUAGAAAUUUGGGAUGAAAGGGAACCUGUUAUACAUGGGUCAGGAAAUCGCGAAGAGUCAUCCCCGCACCGACCACGCUCGUCGCCCAAGCACUCGUCACUCCGCCCUUCUCCCUUUGACGAUCGUUCUCGUUCGCCGCUGCGUACGCCCAGUCGUCAUUCUCACUAUUCCGGCCGCGGAAGUCGACCUGGAUCUAUGGAAUCUGAGCCUCUGAACGACCCCAAAGCCACAAGAACUCUCUUUGUCGGCAGCUUGGAGCCCGACAUCACAGAAGCUGAGGUUCGCGAGGCUUUUGAACGCUAUGGAGUUGUUGAGCAGAUUGAUGUCAAGCAUCCCAGUUCCUCACAUGCCUACGCUUUCGUUCGCUUUGCCAAUGUUGAUAUGGCAGUGGUAGCAAAAAAUAAAAUGAGUGGGAAUUGUGUGCGUUCCUACCACUGCAAGAUCGGCUACGGAAAACCCCUCAUUUCUAAUGUCUUAUACAUCAGUGGACUAGACAAUUGGCGAGAUACCGAAGAGCUGGAAUGCUUUCUUAAUCAGUUUGGAACGCUGGUCAAACUGGACUGGGAAUUUAGGCAAAACUAUGCCACGGCAGUGUUCCAAAGCACUGAGGUAGCUGAGGAGGUGAAUCAGCAGCUGAAAGCACUGGCUCUGCGUUAUCCAGAUCGCAGAUUAAUGGUGGAUUUCAUUGAAGGUGACAUUCAGAAAGAUGUACUCUCCGCACCUAGACAGUCCUCACUCAUUCCCCUCCCCUCCACUUUCCCCAUCGUGCCUGAACUCAUCCCCUCUCUACCCUUUCCGAAUCAAUUCGUUGCUGCUGCGUUUGAUCUCAUGCGUGCUCCAAUGGGAAACAAUGAAAGUAACGCUUCCGCGUUUGCACCUUCUUCCGCUGAAGAUGUACGACUACGGCGACAGCCCCGGCCGAUCGAUUCCACUCGGCAGCAGCGAUUAGCCAUGGGCCCACCGCCCCGACGUUUGGCUCCUAUUUCUCGUUUUGGGGGUCGUGGUGCCUCACCGAUCGAUAGCCUUCUCCGACCCGACAUGACAGACCUUAGCGACCCUGUCCUCUCUUCCAUCAUUACCAUGUCUGAUCUGGAAGCGUUUCUUCGUCCCCACCUCUGGUUUGCUCGUCUCUACACCAAAAAGUCAGUGUUUCGAUUUAGGUGCCUUCAUGUUGUUGGAGACGAACGCCUAGCAAAGGAAUUGCCCCAAUCACCUGCUUUUUCCUCCUUUGGGGGAGUUCUACGCUUCCAGAUGGCCCAUCAGGCGCGGACGGAGGCCUCAUGGAUGGCAGACGCAGUAGAACAGAUCAACGGGGCCCUCGGAGAUCCCUCCUCCUCGUCACCGCCCUUCUCGAUCCUGUUAGCGCUUCCGAAUCAGGAGGAAAAUGUUGAAGAGGAAAAGGACAAGGAUGAAGGGGAUGACUCGAAGCCGAACUUUGUAAAAAGGCCACUUACCUGCCUCGUUUCAUAUCUGCGCUUGAAGCAAAGAGCGGGAUUUCUUACCCCGUUGCCUACUGGAACUGCGAAUAGCGGUGAGGAGGAGGGAUUUCACAAGUAUACCCUGCUUUUGCUCACACCGAGUAGUUUUUCCCUCAGUCUUUUGAAGUUCGCUGCGCCUAGACUUUCCUCUGGACUGGCAUUUGUUGACGACUUUCUGGUGCUCUUACUACUCCGCAACUGA